AUGGAUUCAAGUUUCCCAGACUUGGAGGUUGACCUCAGAGAAUUUAAUGAAAGCUACUUCAUGGAAUCUUCAUCUUGUAACAUCGUGUCUCUUGCCAUGAGUUUACUUUCCAUUAUCAUUGCUUUCAUUGGACUGGCAGAAAAUGCCAUAGUGCUGUGGCAUCUGGGCUUCCAUAUGCACAGGAAUGCAUUCGCUGUCUACAUCCUCAACCUGGCUGUGGCAAACUUCCUCUUUCUCUGCACUCACAUUGUAUUUUCCCUGGAAACGAUCACUGUGAAUUUUCACUCCAUCAACACUUACAUAAUAUUGUUUCUCAACACUAUGUGCACACUUGCUUACCUGGCAGGUGUGAGCAUGAUCACAGCCAUUAGUGUGGAGUACUGGUUGUCUGUCAUUUGGUCCAAUUGGUAUCAUGGCCGACGCCCAAAACACACAUCAGCUUUCAUUUGUACUCUGCUCUGGGCUGUGUCCUUUCUAUUGAGCCUUCCGCAUGAGAUAAUUUGUGGACUGCUGGAUAAUAUUUAUAACUGGGGUAUAUGUUGGAAAUUUAAACUCAUCAUUGUUGUAUGGUUACUUGUUGUAUUUGUGGUUCUCUCUCUAUCCAAUCAAGCCCUGCUGUUCAGGAUCUUCUGUGGUUCACAGCAAACUCCUAUGACCAGGCUAUUUGUGACCAUUGUGCUUACAGCACUGGUCGUCUUGAUCUGUGGCUUUCCCUUUGGGAUUUGCAUCUACUUCUUAUACUGGACCACAGAUGUCUAUUUUAUUAUGCCUUGUAAUUCUUUUCAUGAGACAAUUUUCCUCCUAUCCGCUGUUAACAGCUGUGCCAACCCUAUCAUUUGCUUACUUGUUGGCUCAAUUAAGCACUGCCAAUUUCAGUGUGGGUCUCUCAGGCUGAUUCUGCAGAGAGCCAUUCAAGACACCCCUGAGGAAGAAGAUGAAGAAGUUGAAGAAGUUGUAGAACAAGAAGGAGGUGAAGAAGAUGAAGAAGAUGAAGAGACUACUACACUCUAG